GCCCGGGCGGCGGGCGGAGACGCGGGCGCCCUCCCCGCGGCGGCCCGCGCGAGACUUGUUUCUUAUGUGAUGCCAUUCCAGCACUGGACUCAUGGAGGCUGAACAUUUAUUCAGGAGUCCAUAGAGGCUACUGUACUGUAUUAUAUUGAAGAAGAUGUCUAACAGUAACACUACUCAAGAGACCCUGGAAAUAAUGAAAGAAUCAGAAAAAAAACUGGUGGAAGAAUCUGUAAACAAAAACAAGUUUAUUUCUAAGACCCCAAGUAAGGAAGAAACUGAGAAAGAGAGCGAAGAUACUGUUUUGCGUCAAGAGACACAGGAUUAUGAGUCCCUUUUGGACAAGAGGCGGACAUCCAACCAUGGUCAUGCCAGGAAAAGAGCCAAGUCUAAUUCCAAGCUGAAGUUGGUGCGCAGCCUGGCAGUGUGUGAGGAGUCCUCUGCCCCAUUUGCUGAUGGACCACUAGAAACCCAGGAUAUAAUUCAGUUGCACAUCAGCUGCCCUUCUGACAAGGAGGAAGAAAAAUCCACAAAGGAUGUCUCUGAAAAGGAAGAUAAGGACAAAAACAAAGAAAAGGUCCCAAGGAAGAUGCUUUCUAGAGACUCCAGCCAAGAAUAUACAGACUCCACUGGAAUAGACCUACAUGAAUUUCUUGUAAAUACACUGAAAAAGAACCCAAGGGACAGAAUGAUGCUGCUAAAAUUAGAACAGGAGAUUCUGGAAUUUAUUAAUGACAACAAUAACCAGUUCAAGAAGUUCCCUCAGAUGACCUCAUAUCACCGGAUGCUAUUACACCGGGUAGCUGCCUAUUUUGGGAUGGACCACAAUGUUGAUCAAACUGGAAAAGCUGUCAUCAUCAACAAAACCAGUAACACAAGGAUCCCUGAACAGAGAUUCUCAGAACACAUAAAGGAUGAGAAGAAUACAGAAUUUCAACAGAGAUUCAUUCUCAAGAGAGAUGAUGCCAGUAUGGACCGAGAUGAUAACCAGAUCAGAGUUCCAUUGCAGGAUGGAAGGAGGAGCAAGUCAAUAGAAGAGAGAGAGGAGGAAUAUCAAAGGGUCCGAGAGAGAAUAUUUGCCCGAGAGACUGGCCAGAACGGAUAUCUAAAUGACAUCAGACUCUCCAAAGAAGCCUUUUCUUCUAGCUCUCACAAGAGAAGGCAGAUUUUUAGGGGGAACCGUGAGGGGCCCAGCCGAACCUCAAGUAGCCGCCAAAGCAGCACAGACAGCGAACUCAAAUCCCUGGAGCCACGGCCUUGGAGCAGCACAGACUCUGAUGGCUCUGUCCGGAGCAUGCGGCCCCCUGUCACCAAAGCCAGCAGCUUCAGUGGAAUCUCUAUCCUCACCCGAGGGGACAGCAUCGGGAGCAGUAAAGGUGGCAGUGCAGGAAGGAUCUCCAGGCCAGGAGUGGCGCUAGGUGCCCCAGAAGUUUGCAACCAGGUCACCUCAUCCCAGUCUGUCCGGGGCCUUCUCCCUUGUACUGCCCAGCAGCAGCCACAGCAGCCACAGCAGCCGCAACUUCCUGCUCUUCCACCCACGCCUCAGCAACAGCCACCCUUGAAUAAUCACAUGAUCUCACAGCCAGUCCCGGCUCUGCAGCCCUCUCCGCAGCCUGUUCAGUUCUCUCCAGGCUCCUGUCCCCAAGUCCUUCUGCCAGUCUCUCCGCCCCAGCAGUACAACAUGGCAGAUGACCUCAGCAACCCCUUUGGACAAAUGAGCCUUAGCCGCCAAGGUUCUACUGAAGCAGCUGACCCAUCUUCAGCUCUGUUCCAGCCCCCACUUAUCUCCCAGCACCCUCAGCCGACUAGCUUCAUCAUGGCUUCGACGGGACAGCCCCUCCCCACGUCCAACUAUUCCCCUUCUAGCCAUGCGCCACCUACUCAGCAAGUCCUGCAGCCCCAGGGCUAUAUGCAGCCCCCUCAACAGAUCCAGGUUUCUUACUAUCCCCCUGGACAGUAUCCUAACUCCAACCAGCAAUAUCGACCUCUUUCUCACCCGGUGGCCUAUAGUCCCCAACGUGGUCAACAGCUGCCUCAGCCAUCCCAGCAGCCUGGUUUACAGCCCAUGAUGCCUAACCAGCAGCAGGCGGCUUACCAAGGCAUGAUUGGGGUCCAGCAGCCACAGAACCAGGGCCUGCUCAGCAACCAGAGGAGCAGCAUGGGGGGCCAGAUGCAAGGCCUGGUGGUUCAGUACACUCCACUGCCUUCUUACCAAGUCCCAGUGGGUAAUGACUCGCAAAAUGUGGUCCAGCCGCCUUUCCAGCAACCUAUGCUGGUCCCUGCGAGCCAGUCUGUGCAAGGGGGCCUCCCCACAGGGGGCGUACCAGUGUACUACAGUGUGAUCCCACCGGCUCAGCAGAAUGGUACGAGCCCUUCCGUGGGGUUUCUGCAACCUCCCGGCUCUGAGCAGUACCAGAUGCCUCAGUCUCCCUCUCCCUGCAGCCCACCACAGAUGCCACAGCAGUACUCAGGAGUGUCACCUUCUGGACCAGGCGUGGUGGUCAUGCAGCUGAAUGUCCCUAAUGGACCCCAGCCCCCCCAGAACCCAUCCAUGGUCCAGUGGAGUCACUGUAAAUAUUACAGCAUGGACCAGCGUGGGCAGAAACCUGGAGACCUAUACAAUCCUGACAGUAGCCCCCAGGCCAACACUCAAAUGAGCAGCAGCCCCGUCACAUCUCCUACCCAGUCUCCAGCACCCUCUCCUGUCACCAGCCUCAGCAGUGUCUGCACAGGACUCAGUCCCCUUCCUGUCCUCACACAGUUCCCCCGGCCUGGGGGUCCAGCACAGGGUGAUGGGCGCUACUCCCUCUUGGGCCAGCCAUUACAGUACAAUCUGUCUAUUUGCCCUCCCUUGCUCCAUGGCCAGUCAACUUACACGGUACACCAGGGACAGAGUGGAUUGAAGCAUGGAAACCGGAGCAAGAGACAAGCACUCAAAUCUGCCUCCACUGACCUGGGGACAACAGAUGUUGUACUGGGCCGGGUGCUGGAGGUAACAGAUCUCCCUGAGGGCAUCACUCGGACUGAGGCGGACAAACUCUUCACUCAGCUCGCCAUGUCUGGCGCCAAGAUUCAAUGGCUCAAGGAUGCUCAGGGGCUGCCUGGCGGGGGCGGGGGGGACAACGGUGGGACUGCUGAGAACGGCCGCCACGCGGACCUCGCUGCCUUGUACACCAUCGUGGCUGUGUUUCCCAGCCCCCUGGCUGCCCAGAAUGCCUCCCUUCGCCUCAACAACUCUAUACAAGGGAUAAAGCAGCACUACAUGACCACAUCCAAAUGGCUGUCCUCCGAGAUGGGAGUAUCUUCUCUUUCAGCCAUGUCACAGCCCAGAGUAGGAGAAGGCUGCAUCCCUGCGAGAUAAGAUGCCAGAUAUCUCAUUGACCCAUAAGUUCAUAUACUGGGGCAUCAGAUGAGGGAGAUGGAAUCAGGGAAUCAAAAUGAUUUCGAAGUGUGGGGCUCAGCUAUCCUAUCUCCAAAAGUUUGCAAUCCUCAUGGGGAAGCAGACGUUACUUACUGAAGAUAAAACCCGCCCUGUGUGGUAGCUAUGGCCUUCUGUCCAGUCUGAACAAGACCAUCUCUACCUACCUGACCAUCAGACCCGCAAUCCCCCAGAGCCCCUCAGAUGGAAGUCCCAGCCUGGAUUUUUUCAGUAGUUCUUAGAUUUCCCUUCACCCUGAGGACAAGAUUUUAGAAUGGAGGGAAGAUGUUCCUGGGGUACUGGAGGGAAUAAAGCAGUACUAUGCAUGUUCCUCACUACCUUUCAGGACGGAGCAGGGUACCCCUCCCACCACUAUUGGAUAAGGAUGCAGUCUAGUCUGGCUGAUAGGAAACCUCUGAGAAUUCAAAUUCUUUCCUUCCUAAAGGUUUGAAGCUAGAUGAGUGCUUGAGGGUGUAAAAACACAUGGCCACAAGAAGCCAAUGGCUGAAAAAUCAAAAGCUAGUUUCUAAAGUAGGUCCAGGGAAGGUAGAAUUGGAGAUGUAUUUGGACCUUGGGGAAAACUGUUUACAAUUUCAUCUUUAUCUUCAGUCAUCCAAAAUCACCUAAAUGAAGUAUGCAACAUGAA